UUUCCAAGAAUGAAGUAUGUAUCUCUCAUUUAACUUCGUGUGUUCACUCCGCUUUCUCUGUUCCAAGUUUGCAACCAUGUUUUCUAGCAAAGAACUUACUUCUCCGUCAUCAUUGUUGGCUGCCUACGCCUCCAUGGCUGGUUCAAUAAUGAUGGCUCAAUCCAUGGCCAAUCAAUUUGGCCAUUUAAUACCCCAACAAAUCAGAGAUUACCUUUUAUCAACUCUUCGUUACUUCUUUAAGUCUCCAUCUCCUACUCUUACCUUAGUCAUUGAGGAGUCCACAGGAAUUUCUCGAAACCAAGUCUUUGAUGCUUCAGAGACUUACUUAAGUGCUAAGGUUAGUCCCACAACAAAAAGGCUCAAAAUUAGCAAAACCCCAAAAGAGAAGAAUUUAACAAUCACUCUUGAAAAGGGUGAGAAAGUCGUUGAUCAUUAUGAAGGGAUUGAGCUUCUGUGGAGAUUGGUAUUUGUAAAACCUGAAAAGAAAGACCCCAGCGAUCCCUUUCCUGUCGUAGCCGAGAAACGAUGGUUCGAGUUAAGUUUCCACAAGAAUCAUAAGGAGAAAAUAUUAGAAUCUUACAUGCCUUAUAUUAUUGAAAAGGCAAAAGAAGCAAAAGAGAAGGUGAGGGUUUUGAAGAUGCACACACUUCAAAGUUCACGUGUCUAUGGAGAAAUCAAGUGGGAGUCUGUAAAUCUUGAACAUCCAGCAACAUUUGAGACUUUGGCUAUGGAGCCAGACCUGAAAAAUAUUGUCAUAGAGGAUUUGAAUAGAUUUGUUAGGAGGAAAGAGUUUUAUAAGAGAGUUGGGAGGGCUUGGAAACGUGGAUACUUGUUGUAUGGGCCACCAGGGACUGGCAAAUCAAGCUUGGUUGCUGCCAUGGCUAAUUACUUGAGGUUUGAUGUGUAUGAUUUGCAGCUUGCAAAUAUAAUGCGGGAUUCUGAUCUGAGAAAAUUGUUGCUGGCAACUGGGAAUAGAUCAAUACUUGUGAUUGAAGAUAUUGAUUGUAGCGUGGAUUUGCCUGAUCGAAGACAGGUUCGUGGAGAUGGAGAUGUUCGAAAACAACAUGAUGUGCAGUUGACACUGUCUGGCUUACUGAACUUCAUUGAUGGAUUAUGGUCAAGUUGUGGGGAUGAAAGAAUCAUCAUAUUUACAACCAACCAUAAAGACAGGCUAGACCCUGCUCUGUUGCGUCCGGGACGCAUGGACAUGCACAUUCACAUGUCCUACUGCACGCCUCAUGGGUUUAGGGUGCUGGCCUCCAAUUACUUGGGCGUUAAUGGUUAUCAUAGACUGUUUGGAGAAAUUGAAGACCUGAUAGAAAAUACAGAGGUCACUCCUGCGCAAGUGGCAGAGGAGCUAAUGACAAGUGAGGAUUCUGAUGCUGCACUUGAAGGGCUUGUGAAGCUACUGAAGAGAAAGAAAUUGGAAGGCGAUGAACUUUUUGAUGAAGGUUUACACGAGGGUGAAAUACAAAAAGCAAAAAAGCAGAAAGUUGAGAACAAGCGUAGAGGAUCUGUUAGAAUUAAAAGCAGAAGGAAAACCAUCAAGAGAAGAAGCUAUUAAUCAGCCAAUUAAGGCUGGCUAUUGCCUCUAAUGCAAUGGACAGCAAUUUUCGUUGUUAUGUAUCCUUAAAAACAAAGGGUGAUACUGUUUUAAAGCUUGAUUGCAGACCCUUAAAGGGCUGUUUCGAACUUAAUUUGUUAUUGCCAGGCCGCCAGCAGAAAUUUAUCUGAAAAUGUUAUACUUCAGCAUUUUAAUGUCAA